CCAAGCCGUGAAUGAAGUAAAUUUCGAGGGAUGUGACCAGGCUAUAUAUACUCAACGAUUCUGUUACUUUUUACAAAAUGAAGCUUAAAGAGCUAGAAGGAUACUUACAGCAAGUUGAUGUUUUUGAAAAGCCAAAAGUGGACCUGGAACAAUAUCCAACAACGCCGCAUAUAGCGGCUCACAUGUUAUACACGAUCGACUCCACAUUUGGUGACAUUGAAGGAAAACUUGUCGGUGAUUUGGGAUGUGGAUGCGGCGUUUUAAGUAUCGGUUCAUGUAUGCUUGGAAGUGCUAUGACAAUCGGAUUUGAUGUGGACGGCGAUGCUUUAGAAAUCGCUGCUAGAAACUGCGCAGAAUUUGAGAUUCAGACAUGUGAACUUAUACAAGGUGACGUGGAACAGAUUGCAUUGUGUGACAGAUGGAGAAAAACGUUUGACACGAUCGUUAUGAACCCUCCUUUUGGAACUAAGAACAAUAGAGGUAUCUACACAAAAUUCAGAUGCUGAUUUUUCUCAGAAUGAGUAAAUUUGACCAAGCACUGCACCAGGCCUUGGUGGAAACCUCGGCCAAGAUCUGAAUUAGUCUCUUGCUCAAGAAGUGCCUUCGAGCAAGCUCUCUUAACCCUUUAACCCCUAAGAGUGAUAAGCUCCUAAUUUCUCCUUACAAUGUCACCCUCAAAUCAGACAUAAAGGUAUGAAGGAAAUAGGAAAUGAUUACCAAUGAGAGAAGCUCUAGAUUGUUAAACAAACUCUCCUUGUUAGCAUCCUGGGAAAUGUAUUGAGAACAGUAUGGAGAAUAUGUCUACUGAUGUUAGGCUGUAAAGGGUCAAGCACUAUGGCAGGAGCAACAAAACCUGCAAGAUUCGAGCUGGUGAGAGGUCAGGGAGGGUUCUGGCACUCAUUAUCUCACCAGAAUCCCCAGGAACCUACUGCACACUUGAAUCAUUCCCAGGCUGGCAAUGGGCAGGCUUUGCUGCUUGUGUUGCACUGCUUGUGAGAGCCUGCACACAGAUGGCCUAUUAUUACCAUGCUGCACUCUAGUUUAACCCUUUUAUCCCCAAGAGUGACUGGCAUCUAAUUUCUCUCUACCAUAUCACACCUGAAUCAAACAGGAAGGUCAGGAGAAUAAAGGAACUGAUCACUGAUUAAAGAAGCUCUUGAUUGUUAAACAAAUUCUCCAUGUUGGCAUCUUAACAAAUGUUUAGAGAACAGUAUGGAGAAUAUGCAUACUGAUUUAAGGUGUUGAGGGUUAAAAGGUCUGAGUUCAAGCCCUGGUCAGGUCACGUUAUUGUGCUCUUAAGUAAGACCUUUCACUCUGAUGGUGUCCCAUCCCUUGCAAGUAUAUGAAUGGGGUUACCAGUCAUUUCUUACCAACAGUUGUUUCAUAUCCAGCUCAGUUGAUUCAUAUCCAGCUCAGUUGAUUCAUAUCCAGCUCAGUUGAUUCAUAUCUAGUCAGUUGAGAUGUUUUGUACCCAUUCUAACAAAAUAUAUUUUCCAUGUCAAGUAUGGUUUGAGUAAGGUCAGUUUUCUUAUUUUAAAUAGCUUAUUACUUGUGUCCAAUAAGUUUUAGGUACAUGGUGUCCAAAAAAAGUACAAGUGUAAACAAUAAACUGUUCUAUCAAAAAUACCACACUUACCUUGCAUUAGGCAAUAAUUUAGUUGUUUUGUUUGUUAGGUCACGAGUAUACACAGUAUAAUUUUGUUUGUUUCUUACUCCCUCGACUCUACUAACGUUUUGUACACAACAAUCAACAUCUGUUUACAUUCAUUCAAAUGAAUGUACAUUGGGAUAGGCACAAAUUGACAAGUGGUUUGGGUACAAAGCAACUCAAACUGGGCACAAAUCAACUGAGUUUGGGUAUGAAACAACCACGGGCACAAAAUGACUGGAUACCACUAAUGGGUACCAUUGAACUGUUUUGAAAACAUAAAGAAUUGCUGAUAGAUUAGCAUCCUAUUCAGAGGUGACUUUGGUAUAUGGUGUGACUGCAUUCAGUUUUAAGGACACUUAACCCAUGAGUGACUAAGAAAGAAUUUCUCACUACUAUAUCUAUACAAUAUCAUGCAGACAAGUGAUGAAAAUAAAGAAAAAUAUCAAUUGUCGCAUUACUAAUUGACCUGAUAGCAAAUUCUCCAAACUAACAUGAUGAGAAUCAUUUUGCAGAUGGUAAGGAGAAUUACUAAUGAGAUCUUGGGUGUUAAAGGGUUAAGCAAAUAAAUGCACUCCCAGAUAACUUUGGAUUAGUCUGAUUUUACUUCAUCACACUUAUGAUUGGUCUAAAAUACUCAAGCCACCUUCUCAUAAAAUCAGGUGCAAAAUUUAAAUAAAGCAAUUAUGACUUGGUUUCCCCUGCUUUUCAGGCAGUUUGCUUGGUUUUAUUAUUUGAUAAUUACCUCUGUUCUGAUUAGUUUGAUUUUGGUUUUAGGAGAUGCAAUUGAAUUGGGUUUUAAUAAUUGUUCUUUAUUGAUUUUCUUCUAGGUAUUGACCUCAAAUUUCUACAGCAGGCCAUCAGUAUGUCUAAUACAGCUGUUUAUUCUCUGCACAAGACAGCCACAAGGGAACACAUCAAGAAAAAGGCUUGUGAAUGGGGAGUGAAAUUGGAAGUGUUGGCUGAACUUCGCUUUGACUUGGCGGCCAGUUACAGGUUUCACCGCAAAAAGACAGUUGAUAUUGAGGUAGACUUCAUAAGAAUAGACUGUUCAAACAGCUGACAGCUGAGGUGAAUGAAGAGUUCGGUUAUUUGAAUUAUCUGCAGUUGUAUUAGGAGCACUGUUUAGCGUUUAUCUAAGAUCAAAAAACAAUUGAAAGUCAGUUGAAAAGAAACGUGAUGUUGUUACCAAGGCUUACUUCGAAUGAGUCAAUUAAAAGAUGAACCUUAAGAUCGCUGCAUCAGAUGUAGACAAAGACUGGUUUGAUUUGGUCUGAAUAAUAGGCGAUCGGUGAUUUGAAGCGUCGCUUGUUAGCUGCUUUCAGAACAACUGUCUUGUGCAAAGUGCAAGUCACGUGCAAGUUACGCCCUCCUUAGUUUCGGGCGUAACUCGUCUUUCGUGCUUACAUUGUGCGCGCAUUCAUUUGGUCUCCAAAAUAUCGUAAAACUAAAGAAAAUAUGACGCCUAAUCUGUAUGUUACGCGUGAGAGAGGAUUCACUCAGUAGAUAUUGUGCUUAUCGACUGAUGGCUGAAUAUUUAAAAAGGGUGAAGCUUGAAUUCAUUAUCACGCGAUCAAAAUUAGGGGAAACAUUUUUUGAAUGCUUAAGUUAAAAUUGUCUGGGCACUCAAACUUCACAGCGAGACGGAUAGCGCCAGGCCACUGUUUUUCACUUCUCAAUCUCUGCUUUACACAUGCGUUAUUGACUAAGCUUGAGGUCAAUAUGGCUUCAUAUUGGCCGAGUUCUUUUUCUGCGUUGUUGUGGA